AUGAUUUUCUCAGACCUCUACAAGUCACCGAGGUCGCCCUUCAGCAAGCUGCGCAACUCCCUGCCUCACCACCCCCCGCCGCCCUCAGAUAUCGAUGCCGACCUCGUCAGCAAGGACAAGGCCAAGCAAAAGGAGGCCGUGAAGCGGUACCUCGCCGAGAGGGUCAAAAACGACUGGGAGUUCACGUGGCCGCCCGUGACACCAUCAUCACCACCACCACCGGUCAUCCCGGUAAACUCACCGCCAACCCCCGCUGAAUCGGAGCAGUCGACCGUUGUCAACGGAGACGCUCCACUGCCACCGGCAACCGGACCCACAUCAACAACAUCAGCCGAGCAUGUGCUUCCGCCAAGCACCGGUGAAGCCAUUUCGGCGCCCAAAACGGGGACCGAGAAUGACGAUGAGGACGAUGCAAACAGGGAUUCGGGAGAGGAGGCAGACUCGGAAUCGGAGAACGAAUCUGUCUACAGCACGAUAUCCGAAGAUUUGGCCCAUUUCCAGCCAAGAGCCGAGUGGACAUCUGAUCUUUCGGAUGACGAUGGGUUGCAACCCGUCCCAUCACCCUUCCGGUUCAACAGCCCCGACGAUGUCGGCACCGCCGUACGCACAUCGAUGGAAUCAAAACGCACUCGGAGGAGGAGAGCCGUGAGAGAAGAGGCAUCCUGGAAUCCAGGUCUCGCAUGCUUCGAAGCCCGCCGUGACGCAUGGACAGGUGCCCGGACCGUCCGCGUGAAGCCGAAACCGGCUCCCCCCACUUCGCCGUCUACCGGCCGCCGACUUUCGUUCUGGAGACUUCAUCGCACCGAGUCAUCCAGCUCUCAGCACUCUACUCCGGGCUCGGCGCCACCCCAAGCCUCCCCCAUCAACCCAACGGAAACCCGCACCUCGCACCAAACCGACAUCUCGGCCAUCACCCCUCCCCUCUCCGAAUCCGACUCGGCCAAAGAGCAGCCUAUUCAGCAGACCACAUCCCACGAGUCCAACACGGUCUAUCCAGUCGAAACACUCAUUCCCGUUCCAGCUCCGUUACUCCCGCCACAAAACCCCAUGCGCGCGUCCAUCACCCCGUCCAUGUACUCUUCUCUCUACGAUAAACUCGUCGUCCAAGGCCUCCAACCAGCCUGCCCGGUAAAUCUGUCGGAUAUGAUCCGCGCCUGCGUCGUGGGCUGGAAACGCGACGGCGAAUGGCCACCACGAUCCAACUACACGGCUCCGUUUCCUGUUCCUGUAGCCGCCACCACGGCCGAACUCGUUGCCAUUCGUCAGAGGAAGGCGCAGCAACAACAAAAGAUUAAUGCCGCCAGGAAGGCCGCCGCGAGCACUUCUCCACCGGUGUCCUCCUCGCCUGGGUCGACGGUGAGGAGGAUGAGCCUUGGGUUCCUGGGGAAAACCACCACGCAUGAGGAGCAUAAAGAUAAUAGCCAUAGUGAUGAGACGGGGAGCGGAAAGGCGCUGUUUAGGAGGAGUCUGCAGAGGGUGUUGAGUUUGGGACAGCAUGGGCAUGGGCAUCCGGUGGGGAGCCCGCCGCAGAGGGAGGUGAUGGGGGCUGCCUUGGGGGCUGCUAUGACUUAG